AUGUCUCUACUCCGAUUGGCGUUCAUUUGUCUUGUGCUGAUCGCAGUGAUUAAUUGCCAAGGAGCGUGGUUCCCGGUGACGAGUUGCUCAAAACAUGCGGCGGUGGAGGAGUGGCCACAUACAAGAGAACCAAUGCUGCUGGCACCGGUUUUGAACGAACGACAUUCAACUGUAACCCACAACCAUGCGGUUUCGGCAACAAUGCGGCUUGUGGAACGAACAAAGCUGGAACGAAACUCACCCUUCAAACCGAUGCAGCUGCCGGAGUUGUCUAUUGCGGACCCGCCUAAUCACCUUCAUUUCACUCGUUUCUAUGCAAAAAUUUCAAAUCUUUUG